CCGCUUUCCUGUGUCACGCGACCGCCUCCUCCUCCUGCUCUUCCCUCUCUACCUUGGGGCCGGCCCAGCCGGUCGUGAGUGAGGUAUUCGGACGGCAGCUCUGGAAGUGACAACGGUGACCAUGGCCGAGCAUCAUGCCCAGAAUAAAGCCAGGCUCAUCUCUGAGACCCGACGGAGGUUCGAAGCUGAGUAUGUGACAGAUAAAUCAGAUAAAUAUGAUCCACGUGAUGUUGAAAGGCUACAGCAAGAUGAUAACUGGAUUGAAAGUUACUUAUAUUGGAGACAUAAUGUUAUAGAUGAAACCCUGAAGAUGCUUGAUGAGAGUUUUCAGUGGAGGAAAGAAAUGACUGUCAAUGACCUGACUGAAUCAUCCAUUCCCAGAUGGUUAUUGGAAAUUGGUGGUAUUUAUCUCCAUGGUUAUGACAAAGAAGGCAACAAGUUGUUCUGGAUCAGGGUGAAGUAUCAUGUAAAAGACCAUAAAACCAUGUUGGACAAAAAGAAGCUUAUCGCAUUCUGGUUGGAACGUUAUGCUAGAAGAGAAAAUGGGAAACCUGUAACAGUGAUGUUUGACCUGUCAGAAACUGGAAUAAAUAGCAUAGACAUGGAGUUUGUACGCUUUAUCAUCAACUGCUUUAAGGUUUAUUACCCUAAAUACCUCUCAAAAAUGGUGAUCUUUGAUAUGCCUUGGAUAAUGAAUGCUGCUUUCAAAAUUGUGAAAACAUGGCUUGGUCCAGAAGCAGUGAGUUUGUUGAAGUUUGCAAGUAAAAGUGACAUCCAAGACUAUGUCAGUGUAGAAUACCUGCCUCCCCACAUGGGUGGAACUGAUCCUUUCAAAUAUAGCUAUCCACCACUAGUAGAUGAUGACUUCCAGACACCAUUGUGUGAAAAUGGGCCUAUUGCCAGCGAGGAUGAAGCCUCAAGUAAAGAAGAUAUAGAAAGUGAUGGCAAAGAAAUCUUGGAAGCAAUUUCUAAUGAAGAACAAACGGCUCUUCUAAAAAAGAUUAACCUAACUGAACCUACUUCCAAAGCAGAAGAACAUGAAAAAGAUUCCAAAAUGAAAGCUUUCAAGAAACCCUUGAGUGUGUUUAAAGGGCCCUUAUUACACAUCAGCCCAGCAGAAGAACUCUAUUUUGGAAAUACAGAAUCUGGAGAGAAGAAAACUUUAAUAGUGUUGACAAAUGUAACUAAAAACAUAGUGGCAUUUAAGGUGAGAACAACUGCUCCAGAAAAAUACAGAGUCAAGCCAAGCAACAGCAGUUGUGACCCUGGUGCAUCAGUUGAUAUAGUUGUGUCUCCCCACGGAGGUUUAACAGUCUCUGCCCAAGACCGUUUUCUGAUAAUGGCUGCAGAAAUGGAACAGUCAUCCGGCACGGGCCCAGCAGAAUUGACUCAGUUCUGGAAAGAAGUUCCCAGAAAUAAAGUGAUGGAGCAUAGGUUAAGAUGCCAUAUCGUUGAGAGCAGUAAACCAACCACUCUUACAUUAAAAGACAACGCUUUUAACAUAUCAGAUAAAACCGGUGCAGAUAUAUAUCUACAACUCAAUCGUUUACUAGAAAGUAAUAGGAAGCUUGAAGACCAAGUUCAGCGUUGUAUCUGGUUCCAGCAGCUGAUGCUUUCCUUAACAGUUAUCUUGCUUGCUUUUGUCGCCUCUUUCUUUUAUUUGUUGUACAGUUAAAGAAGUGGUGCUCGGUAGGAAACAUGGCUCUUUCAUUCGUUAGUUGGAAAAAGUAAGACCCAGAACUUCUCCACCGUGCUACUAAGAGUGUCACACAUCUCUGCUUCCUAAAAGGAAAUGUGCAAUGGAAGAGAUACAUGUCUUGAAAAUAAACUGUUAGAAUAAGGAAACACUGAAGAAAUUGAUUAUAAGAGACUAUAGCUAGUUAGUAAAGUAAGAAAAGGCAUAUUUGUUGUGUAAACUAAUAGUUUGGAUAUAAUUUAUUUUUUCCUUUUGAAUUGAAUACCUUUAAAGCUUAAGUUUUAUUGUGUAUAAACAUUAGCUGAACUGAAAAGUAUAAGUAACUUGCUUUGUUGCAGCCAAAAAAUGUAAUCUGCUUUUUUUAUAACAGAAUUGUUAUAGCUGAGCCAACUUAUUAGCUUUUCUAUACUAUGUAUAUAGAACAUGUAUAUUGAAAAAAACAUACAGAGUAAUUUCUGUAAUAAUGACUUUGUAUUUUGGAGAAUUACUUCCAGAUGCUAGUUAAUAUUCUCUUGGAAUGUAAAACUAUUUAAUGCCAAACCACCUUUAGCCUUUGUUUCUUAUCUUUCUUCCUUAACAGCCUGCCUUUUAUUAAUCUCGGACUUUUUUAUGAACACACUCAUUUAGAUAGAAUUUGGGAAACUAAGUUUGGUUGGAUUUUCUUUGAAUUGUUAGUGAUAUCUAGAAGGAAAAUCUCUUCAGUCCCAGUGUCCAGUCUUUUUUAUGCAGGUUCAUGUUGCCACUAUGGCUGGACACUGACCCUUCUGCAUCAUUUAUUGUAAAGGCCUGAUCUUCCAUUGCACCAUCUUCACUUUCUUUUCUAAGUGAAAGGAGAUAAAAUUUUUUGAAAAGUUACUUUUUGAAAUGCAUAGCAGAAUAUUUCGUUUGUAUUUCCAUUCCUUGUUAAAAUCAGCCAUGAGAAGGAAAUUUGACAAAAGACUGGAGUGUCAGUAAGGGUGGAAAAAAAAAGAAAAAUUGAAACUCGUGUAACUCGUGUCAGUUCUCCAUUCAAGAGUGAAAAAUAUAACUCAUGAUCAACUGUAAAACCUUCAGACCAGGGCUAAGGGACUUGCUUGAUACUCUGCCCUUGUCACAGUAACACUGAGGAUGAUUCCUAAAUUGAAACACUUUGCAGGAGCAGAGGCUAAUGAAAUUAGUUUGUUUUCUUCAUUAAUAUGACCAGUUUCAGUCUGUGUUUGUUCACAUGUAAAUCUACUUUAUAUGCAAGGAAAAACAGUAUGCCUGUAAAAUAAAUUUUGAGUUUUGAUUGA